AGCAGGCCACCCCACCCCCACUCUCGCGCAGGCGCGCCUGAGGUUCUGCUAGGCUCUGUUCGGCUGGAGUCGGGUUGGCUCAGCCCGGCCCUGCGCGCGGACAUGCUACCCUCCUUGCACGAGUCCCUGGACGGGGACGACAAGGAGCUAGAGAGCAGUGAGGAAGGCGGCGGUGGCGGCGGGAACGCGGAGGACCGGAAGCCCCAGCAACCCCCCAGCAGCCACUUCUGCCUCUACGCCUACCUCGGAAGCAGGUCGCCAACCCAACGUGGAGACGGUGAUGAUGGCAGUCCGAGCAGCCUGACUUUGGAAAGCCCUCCUGCUGCAGACUUCAGCCUUUCCUUGUUAGAUACCAAUUUACCAUCUGAAGUAGAGCCAGAACUCCGGGCCGCCAUCUCUAAACGUCUGUCCAAAGGAGCUGUCUUCGAAGGCCUGGGUAAUGUGACAUCGGUGGAGUUAAGUCUUCCAGAUUCCCGGGUCGGUUGCUAUUACUGCCUUUUCCAACAAGACAAACCACUUCUAGAAACAGCAACUGCAGAGUCUGGUCCUGACCUUCCUGAAUAUAUAGCCUGUUUCAUAGGAGGGUCUGAAAAAGGCCUGGAGCUUUUCAGACUUGAGUUGGACAAAUAUAUCCAAGGCCUGAAGACAAACGUGGACAGUGAGGAAGGUAGUGUGGAGGCCUGCACCAAAUCCUACCUUAGCAACUGGUUUGAAGAGGCUGUCUGCCCAAUCCAGAGAGUUGUGAAUCUCUUUCAAGAGAAGCUUACCUUUCUCCUGCAUGCUGCUUUGAGCUACACUCCUGUUGAAGUUCAAGAAUCAGAUGAAAAAACAAAGAGAGACAUUAAUGGGUUCCUGAGUGUGGCCAGUCUCCAGGGGCUUAUUCAUGAAGGGACGAUGACAUCCUUAUGCAUGGCUAUGACUGAAGAGCCACACAAGUCAGUGGUCAUAGAUUGCAGUGGGCCUCAGCCAAAGUUUUCUAAUGCAGGUGAGAUGUUCUAGAGCCCCUUCUGCUGGUUUGUUUCUAAGUCAGAAUUUCCAUGCUGUGUGUGAUAAUAAUUGGGUGAGAACAGAUUCUACAGCUUUUCUUUCUAUCUUCCAUUGUAGUCUCUUAUUUUAAAAGUCU